UCGGUCAUAUAACACAGUUAUGAUAAGAAUCGAAUAAGAGCUGUCAAAAUUUUCAGUACAACACUACAAAAAAGAGAGAGAGAGGAAGAGAAAAAUCCUCCUAAAUUACGAGUACAAAUGCUAUUUCGGCCGCAAAAAUCUUUAUAAAAGAUUAAAUAAUAAAUUUAUCAAGAAAUUUACAAAAUCUUUCUAAUCAUCAAACACAGAGAUAAAAUGGGUCAAACAAUGGGCAGAAUGCCUGAGACGUGGACUGGUAUUCUGGAGGAAAGAGAUCGCGUUUUACAUUGGAGUUCGGAAGUCUUGGCUAGGGUGCAGGAUAACGUUACGAACGAAGAUACCUUCCUCAUGGACUACGACGACGACAAGAUCGACAAUAAAAUAGAAAUAUGGAUCAAAACUAAUCAAACACAAGUUGAGGAGACGUUUAAAAAAUUCCCGAACGCGUCACUGUCACUCAAAAAUGUAGUUAAUGCUGGAAUCGAAAAGAUUAGUGAAGAAAUACGAACAAAAAUGAGAAAGGAUUACCAACAGGCCUACAGUGACAUUAAAAAAUUUAACAAAAAGGUGGAUGAGCUAGGAGCAAAUGAAAGAAAGCUACACGCAGAAAUACAAAGUUUAGAAGAGGAAUGCGCGGGUGAUACAAAAAAGUUUCAAAAAAAAUUUGGGCCGUUGCGACUAAAAGUUUUCGAUAAUUUGAGAACCGGGGAAAAAAUGAUUUUCAAAGACAAAAGGUUGAAAAGUGAUUUUACUAAACGGAUUUACGAUAUUGAUCAUAAACACUCGGCUGAGUGUGUAAAACAGAUAGAUAAGUUACUCAAAGACUUCGAGAAAAAUGUGGCAAAAGAAGAAACGUAAAACGAUACAGACAAAAAUGUCCCAACACGCGUCUUCGCAUACGCGAUUGCGCGCGUUAAAAAAGAAAAAGUUAUUUAAAUUUUUUUUUAAAUAUUGUCUUUUUACUAGUCAACUAGUUUCAUUCAAAAUCAUUAUGUACAAAGAAGAAAAGUUUGAUGCAUUAACCACGUGUAUUAUAAAUUGACAAUAAACAUUAACAGAAUGACAGAUUCGCUAGUGAA